UCGGAUGCAUUUCAUCCCCUCCACAAUGGACCAUAAUUUUUGUUUUUUUCACAGUCCGUUGACGAGGCAUUGAGACCGACAAGACGUUAGACGCGCUCCGAUGAAUUCAACUCAACUCGACUCUUUCACGAGAAGCUGAAGCUAAUUUAGAGAGAGAGAGACGUAAACCGAGAGUCUUUUAUUUCUUCUCUCCUAUUCAUUAUCUGAUUCCUCAAUCUUCCCCUUUCUCUCUCAUGCGACCUAUACAUAUGUGUUUUUUCUUCCAAGCAUCAAAAUGAAAACCUUGAUCAUUCAGUUCGAUUCCUGAUAUUUUAAUUUUUAAUUUAAUUUUUUUCCUGUACAGUUCUUUCAUAAUUGUUCCGAUUGGCAAUUUUUUUUUGGUUUGAUUUCGUAAAUAUAGAGAAAAGACAACGAAAAAGUUUGAUUUUUGUUGUGUUUUGGAGGAAUUCCACUUUGUUUUGUGUUGUGAAAAAGUGAAGGCGCUGUGAAGAACACGGCGGAGAAGAAUUUGUAGCGUUUUGUUGGUAUUCGGAGUUGUUUGAAGCCUUGAAACAGAACAGCUUGAGCUUAUGAUCGUCAGUAUAGAGAUAAGAGUUGUUUGUUUGGAGAAUCACCAGAAAAGUUUUUUAAAUUUCUGUGUUCUCUUCUUUGUUGCUGGGGUUUGGAAUUGGGGAUGAGGAAUGAUGGACAGAAACCUCAAGGAGGUGUACCGAGGCAGGGCAGGAAUAAUGGUUUUGUCAAUUCGUCAUUCCGUGCUCUUUCGAGUUAUCUGAGGAUUGUUCAGUCCGGUGCUUCGACUGUGGCGUCGACUGUGAGGUCUGCCGCAUCGGCUGCUUCGGCGAUUGUUGAUAGGGAUACCGAUUCCAGCCAUGAUCAGGUGCACUGGGCUGGGUUUGACAAGUUAGAAUGUGAGGGAGACAUCUCUCGGCAAGUGCUCUUGCUGGGGUACCGGCUUGGUUUCCAAGUUUGGGAUGUUGAUGAAGCAGAUAAUGUGCGUGUCCUAGUUUCGAGAUACGAUGGUCCUGUUUCAUUCAUGAAAAUGUUACCAAAACCAAUAGCAUCAAAGCUCUCUGGAGAUAAGUUUGCAGACAAUCGCCCUUUGCUGGUGAUUUGUUCAGAUGGAUCUUUUUCUGGAGGUGGAAACACUCGUGAUGGGUUGACCACAGCUUGCAAUGGAAGCAUCCAAAAUUUCCAAGAUCCAUUGACUGCUGGUUUUGUGCCUACUGUAGUUUGGUUUUAUUCUUUGAACUCUCAUUCUUAUGUACAUGUGCUAAAGUUCAGAUCAGUUGUUCAUUUGGUAAGGUGCAGCUCUAUAGUUGUUGCUGUUUUACAAUCGGCUCAGAUCCACUGUUUUGACGCUGCAACUUUAGAGAGGGUGUACACUAUUCUUACAAAUCCUAUCGUUCCUGGUUGUACUGGAUUUGGAGGUGUGGGCUUUGGACCUCUUGCGGUGGGUCCUAGGUGGAUUGCUUAUAGUGGAAGUCCAGUAGCAGUCUCAAAUUCUGGACGCAUCACUCCACAACAUCUUAUGGCUUCUGCUAGUUUCCCGGUUCCCAUUUCAAAUGGAAGCCUGGUUGCACACUAUGCAAAAGAAUCAAGCAAGCAACUUGCUGCAGGGCUUGUGACCCUAGGCGACAUAGGAUAUAAGAAGCUCUCCAGGUACUACUCUGAGCUGUUACCUGAUGGCAAUGAUUCGCUUCAAUCAGGGAGUCCUCACUUGAAAGUCAAAGGAAUUGGUCAUGGUCCUUUGCCAGAUGCAGAUAACAUUGGAAUGGUCAUUGUCAGAGAUAUUGUCAGCAAAUCUGUUAUUGCCCAGUUUAGAGCACAUAAGAGUCCCAUUUUAUCAUUAUGCUUUGAUCCUACCGGGACCCUUCUGGUGACUGCUUCGGUUCAGGGCCAUAACUUUAAUGUUUUGCGAAUAAUGCCUGGAGUCUCUGGAAAUUCCUCUGGAUGUGAUUCUGGUGCAUCUUAUGUCCAUCUUUAUAGGCUGCAACGUGGUUUUACAAAUGCAGUGAUACAGGAUAUCAGUUUCAGUAAUGACAGCAAGUGGAUUAUGAUAAGUUCAUCAAGAGGGACAAGCCAUCUGUUUGCUAUAUCACCUUUUGGGGGAUCAGUUAAUUUUCACUCUAGUGAUGCUUGUUCUACUGAAAAAAAUGGUGGAUCUGGUAUGAUGACAAAGCCUACAGUUGGUUUGCCACCAAGUUCAGGCUUACAGAUGCUUAAGCAACAGAGCCUCUGUGCAUCAGGUUCUCCAAUUACUCUCUCCGUUGUAAGCAGGAUAAGGAGCGGAAAUAAUGGUUGGAGAAGCUCUGUAAGUGGUGCUGCUGCAACUGCUGCUGGAAGGAAGAGUUCCCCCUCUGGGGCUAUUGCUUCAGCUUUCCACAACUGCAAAGGCAACGAAAUGUUUGUGGAUACCAGCUCUUUAAAGUCAAAGCAUCACCUACUGGUUUUCUCUCCUUCUGGUUGUGUUAUACAAUAUGCAUUUCAUGUAUCUUCUGGACUAGAUUCUGUGACAGCAAUGCCUGGAUUAAGUGCUGCUUAUGAAUCAGCUCCUGAGUGUGAUGCAAGAUUAGUUGUUGAGGCAAUCCAAAAGUGGAAUAUCUGUCACAAACAGAAUCGUAGAGAGCGAGAAGAUAAUAUUGACAUCUAUGGUGAUCAUGGUAAUCCAGACAGCAGUAAAGUAUUUCCUGAAGGAACCAAAAAGGAAAAUAGUCUCUACCCUGAGGCCAGAGGUGCAGUGACAAAAGAAAUUAUCAGUCCGGAGGAAAGACAACAUAUGUAUAUAUCUGAGGCUGAGCUGCAGAUGCAUCAAGCCCGGAAUCCAUUGUGGGUGAAGCCUGAGAUAUACUUUCAAGCUAUGGUGACAGAUGGCAUCAAAAUUGGUGAGGCUGAUGCUUUAGAAGGGGAAAUUGAGAUUGAAAGGAUUACUAGUCGCAUGAUUGAAGCAAGAUCAAAAGACUUGGUACCAGUUUUUGAUUAUCUUCAAACUCCAAAGUUCCCACCAGCUAGGUACUCAAGAGGGUCAAAAAAGUACGUAAGAAUCAGGGAAAGCUGCUCAUUCAUGAAGUUGGCGGGAGCCAUCAAUGGCUUGCUUGCUUAAUGUCUAAUUGAUUCCUGCUUUGGAUGGGACUUAUAAUGGACAACUGUUGCAUCAGAGGUCUGGGCUGUCUGAAAAUGGCAGGCUUGCAUGCAAGAGUGGGAACGGCUAUCUUGAUUCCAUGGCUGAUGAUGGUAUCGUAGCCGCUGAACUUGACAAUGGCAUUGAAGACACUAGGUGGGAUGGUCUUCAGAUGCAGACAGAAACAACCAACGGCCAUGUAAAUAAUGGUGACGGCCCUAAAUCAAACACUCGGCUUGGGGUUGUAAAUAAUGGAGCAAACUCCAUGAGGCAGACGCAAUUUAAGUUUGUAAAUAAUAAUAUAGGCGGCCUGAAAACGGAGAAUCAAUAUGAAGAUGAAGGUGAUGAGUUUGAUUAGAGGUGUGCAGCUGUCUUUUAUUCUCCUGGGCGGUUAUUUAACAGUGUUAAUAUUGUUGGUGGAUAUGCAGAAAAUUAAUGAGUCGUCGUGGGUUUGACUGCUCGACUGUGAUGUAGAAUUGUGGAUAUGAGUGUUGUUGGGGUUUUAUGUUCUGUUGACCUUGUAAAUAACUGACUCAAAGAGUAUAUAUCCAAUAAUGUUUUAGUAUGUAAAUAAUAGCAUGUCCUUGUGACAAUCUACUGUUGUGUUCUGUUCUAUCAAUAUAUAUAUUUUAG